AUGGAUGGAAACGAAUCAUUCGCUCUUCAAGAGAAGAGAGGAGAGCGAUCGAGCUCCGGCGGCACGUACGUGGGCGAACCCAGUGUCGAGUCUCACGACUACCCAAGAGUCGACACGAGCGUGAACUAUGAAGCUGAGCAUCCCUCCAUAAGCACGGCCUCCUCGCGCCGCGGGCAAGCUAUGCAGCUGGAGGACGACCUCCAGCUCAUGGAGGCAGAGCGGAUGGUAUCACGAUCUACCGAAGCACGGAGUCAGCAUGGCCGGGGCUCGAUGAGCCGAACGCGAUCGCAUCCUGAUCAGCGCGUCGAUGAGUUCGACCAGGCAACCAACCCACUCCACGAAAAGACCGCCGCCUAUCAGCCUCCUGAGAGUCCGACUACCAAACUCUCUGCGUUUGCGAAGAAAGUCCAUAAUUCCAGUUUCAUUGUUCGGUAUUUGACCUAUAUCGUGCCCGUGGUGCUGCUCCUUCUGAUCCCGUUGCUUAUCGGCGCCCUGAAAUAUACCGACACCAGUGUCGGCGGCGUACAAUUGAUGUGGUUUUCAAUCUGGCUGGAAAUCGUCUGGUUGACUCUGUGGGCAGCCCGUGUCGUUGGGAAAUGUCUACCGCCGGCUGUGAGCUUAAUCUCCAGCAUAUUCACCAACAAUGCAAAGAAGUGGCGCGAUAUGGCCAAACAGCUGGAAUUUCACUUCGUCCUUUUCUUCUGGUGGCUUGCUGUAGAGAUUUCCUUUCUACCCACAAUGAAGAAUCAUCACGUUGAUGGUGACAAGCGCACGCGGGGCUGGGAGGGAACGCUCAAUAAGCUUAUCAUCGUCGGUCUGGUUUGGACAAUUCUCAAUGUCAUCGAAAAAAUCAUCAUUCAGCUUAUCGCUAUGUCCUUUCACCAACGCACCUACGACGACCGCAUCCAGCUCAACAAGUUCCAAAUCGGCAGUUUGACCAAGCUAUAUCAAUUUUCCCGGACACAUAUCUCAGAAGAUGACGAGGUAUUCCAACAGAACCCCGAGCUUGGGACGUCGCAGAAUACGAAAAACCCUCUACAAUAUGCCUCCAAAGCAGGUCGCGUUGCCCAACGCGCUGUGAAAAAUGUUGGUAAUAAGGUGGGGGAUGUAGCUGGGGGUGUGCUUGCGGAUUUCACUGGCCGGCAGUCGAAGAAUAGCAAUGAUCCAUAUCAGGUCGUUCUCACCUUGCUACAUACCACCUCAGGUUGCCAGGUCCUCGCUCGUCGGCUCUAUCGUACAUUCGCGCGUGAUGGCUGUGACACGGUUUUCUCAGGGGACCUGAAGGAGGCGUUUGAUGAUAACGAGGAAGCAGAUGCUGCAUUUUCUAUGUUUGACCGGGAUAUGAAUGGGGACAUAUCUAUGGAAGAGCUUGAAAGUGUCUGUGUGGAUAUCGGCCGUGAGCGUAAAUCUAUUACUGCAUCACUAAAGGAUCUUGGCUCUGUUAUGUCAAAACUGGAUCAAGUUUUCAUGUUUUUUGUGCUUAUUAUUAUUGUCAUUGUCUUCCUUACGCUGAUCUCAACAUCUGCAGCAGGAGUAUUAACCUCUGCUGGCUCUACUAUCCUCGCUCUAUCAUGGAUGUUCUCUACAACUGCUACCGAGUUUUUGCAGUCUAUCAUUUUCGUCUUCGUUAAACAUCCAUUUGACGUCGGUGAUCGAGUUACUAUCUACGGAAAUGCUGGAGCAUCAGGCCGUGGUGACGACUAUUUCGUUAAGGAGAUCGCGCUCCUAUAUACCGAGUUCAAAAAGAUGGAGGGCCAUGUUGUCCAAGCACCAAAUAGUGUGCUCAACAAUCUUUUUAUCCUCAACCAGCGCCGCACAGGUGCUCUCGCCGAGGCUCUACCGAUUGUUAUUAAAUACGGCACAACUAUUGACCAGAUGGAGCAACUCCGACACCGUCUCGUAGAGUUCGUGCGCAGUGAGAAGCGCGAUUUCCAGAGCAUGAUCCUCCACGAGCUUCGCGAGGUCACAGAAAACUUAUCAUUGACCCUCAACAUCAUCUUCUUCUACAAAUCCAACUGGCAGAACGAGGGCCUGCGUUUGCAACGCCGCAACAAGUUCCUCUGCAUGGUCAUGAUCGCGCUCCAAGAAGUCGGCAUCGAGGGCCCUCGCAUGAACCUCCAGGGCUACAACGUCAACACGCCAUUCCAUGUCGCUUAUGGUGGCCCGCCCGCGAAUCCACCACCGAACUACGAACACCACUCGCCUGACGAAGGAGCCGCAGUCGGAGCCGAACCCGAGCAAGUCCCCAUCGGUAAAACCUCCCACACAAUUCCCGAGAACACCGGCUCCAGCAGCGGCGUCCAGCAUCGCCAUUCCAUCCUCCGCAGAGGCACUGAACGGUCCCGCGGCGAAUCCACGCACAACCAUAAACAUGUAGACUUCUCGCUUGGCAUGUCGGAUCUCUCCUCCAACGACAUACUGGGUGACGUUUUCGAGAACAGGGGUAACGCCCCACACAGGGACGAGAUUGUACGCUCCGCAAACCAGCACGCGGAGGAGCGCCGAAUGCAGGAAAUCGCCGAUGAAGAAAGGAUUGCUUCGCAACAUGAACGAAACUUUACCGAUCGGCAUAGUCUCCGCAGUAGACACAAUGAGGCGUCUUCCGACAGACACUCUUCCCCCGGGCAUAGACAUUGGGGGAGCGUCAGUCGGGGGCAUGGUGAUCUAGAGUCUGGCUCUGGCCAUGGUGUACAGGAGUGA